AUGCUCGUGGAGGUUGUUGUAAUAGAACUUUUAUCUACGAUCACAAGGACAGUAGAGUGCACAAUGUUUUGUCCUACAAAUAUCUUUGCUCCUCCUGAUUUCCAUACCAUUCCAUUGUCUAUUUAUUUUCAGAUUCGUCCUUUGACGCGUUAUCUACCGGUCCCGGAUGACAUCACCUUCGAUCUUCGGCAUCAUCUUGCCUUUGUUUGCGGCCAUCCGCUUACGGCCCAACCUAUCGUCCAGAUGAUCAACGUGAACCCACAGUACUGCACCGGCUACCUGUGGAAACGUGUGGGCUACACCAGUCGUCAGACGAUGCAGACCUUUGCCAGUGGCCAGAACACCAACCUUCACCAACACCACCAACAGCAUCGACAGCCCGAGGAUGCAGGCAAGAUCCAGGCCACUCGCCGAUCGCGGUCCAUGGGCAAAUCGGGCCGCCUGAAGACGACUCGAAGUCCAACACCGAGCGAGUUGACAAGCACCAUGACUACCCGUUCUUCAACCGAUGUGAACACGCUUCCCGUGCUGGAGGGUGGUGAUCCGGCGUCGGCGACUCGCGAGCCCACGGUCAACAGAUCUGGUGCCGGUGGGACCUCGAUUCUUGAAUCAGCCCUCCAGUUUCUCAGACGUCCGCUCUGGCGGAAACGAUGGUUUGUGCUGGACAGAAAGCGCCGCCUUUUCUCCUACUACGCCAAUCGGACUGCCGCCACUUGCAGUCCUGCCAACAAGCCAAAGGGUACAUGGUGA